AUGGUCCACACAAUACCGUGGUGCACUGUUCUUUCUCCCCCUAAUGUAUCCAGUGUCAGUCCAGGAGUCUAUGAGAACCAACUGGUGUGGAUUCCAAAUGGUACUACCAGUGCUAAGUGGCCAGUUGUGGUUUACUGCAAAAGAAAGGAUCAGGCAUUGGCGUUGAACACACAUUUGAAUCCAUUCCUGGUGUAUCAUGGCCAAGAGGACGAUGUAACUUUCAGAGCGUCUUUGCAUGAGUGGCAAAAAUGGCCCAGGAUCACUGCAAUGUUCGACAACGAUGGGGCCACCUUCUGGGCCAUCAUAUAUGGCGCAAGGGCAGGCAUCUUCUAUCACCGAGAACAUGCUGUGGACCAAGUCGAUCAGUCAAACCCAACAUAUCGCAGGGCCCACGGCUUCGAUAAAAUUGAAAAUGUGCUAAUCUGUCAGAUGAGUCGCAGUGCAACUGUGUAUGGAUGCAUAGAUCAAUACCCGGCCAACACAACGACUUCGCCAUUUCAUGCCGGCAGUCGAGUUCCCCGCCCUACACCCACCAUAGCUUCACCCACAGCAUCUCCAGUGGGGACCCCUUCGAAGCAGAAAGGGAAGGCACACAUUCCCAACUCGUCACCAAGGAAAACUCAUCAUGGCAACUACCUCACUUCCAAUGUGACCGUUAAUAGCAUUGGCAAUGGGGACAUAUUUUCAUUUCCCACAUCACACAGCUCACCAAGGACUCCAGUAAGCCUCGGCCAAGCGGGGCCCUCCAGGCCAAGAUCCGUGUCACCACUACGUCUUCCCAAGUUACUUGCAAGAUAUCUGGAGGUAUACCAGUACCCGAAGCGAUACGUAUCAAGACAUCUUGAAGAGGCUGAUACAAGGGAUGACUUUAUUGAAGCCGUGGAGGAGAGUAUUCCGGAAGAGGCAGCUGGAUUCAUUUGGGACCUUUUUUUUAUGGAGGGAAGGGGGGACUUUGGUGAUGAUGCAGAAUUGAGAAUAUCCAUCACGGAUUUUAGCCUGGUGUUAGCAUCUUUUGACAUGAAAGACUGGAGAAAGAGAUAUAUUUAUUUCACUACUACGAUUAUCGCUAGGGGAUAUUGGCAGAAGAAAUGUACUAUGAGGCAGCAGAAGCACUGCAUGACCAGCAUAGGCACCAUGGCCUCAGCAUUCUGGUCUCUGGGGCGAAAGUCAAAGCCAUCCAAUGACCCUGACUGUGAUGACUUUGGUGACGGUCAUGCAACCUGCACAACACUGGUUCAGAAGUCAAACAAGCACAGUCUUGUCGAAAGCAAAGUGUCGAGACCGCAGAAACUAGGGCCAGUUGAGGUGCCGAUGUAA